CUUGAAGACUGUAUGUAUCUGGGUCCGAGGCGUUUCAGUUGAGACGAUUUCUAACGAUUAAAAGUUCUCGUCACUGCUGCUUUUAUCUUCUUCGUAGCAUUCAACGGAUGCGAAUAUCGUAUCAUUGCGAAACAUGGCAUGUUCGUCCAUCAGUGGGAGAUAUCUUUACGAUCCCAAACGAACUUCCUUUGGCUUGCUUAUCUCGACGAGAAUUUCUACAUAUUCGUAGUGGCUUGUCUCAAGGUUUCGAUACUUUUGGAUUGGGUUCGCAUAUUCGUCCCUGUUCGCACUCGAAAUACGUUCUUCUGGACAUGCCAUGUACUUCUAUGGCUUAACCUCCUUUUUAUAUCACUUGUCUCAUCUCUUUUAACAUCGUAUGCACGCCCCCACAGAAGAGAUGGGAUACGACCAUAGAAGGAGGUCAUUGUUUCAACGCUAUGAUACUGCUGCGUUCUACCGGGAUCUUUAACUUGGUAUCAGACUUCAUAAUUUUUCUUGCCCCCCAAUGCAUUAUUCGGAAAUUGCGCAUGCCACGAAGAAAAAAGCUAUCAAUUUCGUUUGUGUUUGCGAUGGGUCUACUAUAAGUUCAUAUCUCUCUAAGACACGUUGGAUUCUAACGAUAUCGAUAUCAAAGUUGUAUGGUAUUCGCAGGCUGUCGAGUUGGUCUCUCGGUAAGGGGCCUUUAUCAGUGGGAUAUGACCUAUGACCCGUCAAAAAUAUUCUUAUGGGCAGAGGGCGAAAUGACUGCCCUAUUCUUCGUUGCCUGCUUACCCUCGACUCCAAAGACGGCUAGCAGCAUAAAAUCGAAGUACACGUCUUGGGCUUCUAAGUUUCUGGCCUCAUCGUUGGUAAAUGCCAAAGAAACGAAAGGACAUGUCAGGAGUCUCACUUGAGACUCCUUGGAACAAAGGAGC